UUUAUCAGGUAGUUACAUAAACUCGAUAGUCUCACGGACAGAAAUAGUUACGAAAUUCUUUUUAGGACAGUUUCAAGGAAGCAAAUAUUACAUGAAAACACUUUCCUUUCGCGUCAAAGGUGGACACCAUCCCACAUCGAGUAGCCAAGCGGGUGAGACACGUGAUGUCGUUCUAUUUUAGCUUGUUUGCGGACUUCCCAAGUUGUAUGUCUUUGCUCUCGACGUGUGGUUAAAGGUACCGGCCGCUACGUGGAUUACCUACAAAACGUGGAUUUACUUGGCUGUGGUGACAACGACGGCUACGACAACGUUGAUAAUGGCUGACACUGGACGCAGACCCACGCCCAUGGAUCGAAUUUUUGCGGAGCUGCGGAAGGGGACGACUUUGUAUAAAGUCAAAUCUCCGACGAAACUGUUACAACGAAGAUUCUAUCUCGAUAACAAGAAGAUGGUACUGUACUAUGAAGGAACUCAGAAAACAUUCAGAUCUGCUAAUACAGAAAUAAAAAUUCACAAGAUUCAAGAAGUCCGUGCGGGGGAAAAAGACUUUUCUAAAAAGCUCCAUGGAUUAGAUAAAAACCGCUGUUUCGCUAUAGUGAUGGGGGCCAGCCACAAGAUUACCUACCUGAUGGCUUCAGAUCAGGCCAUUCGCGACACCUGGAUUCGUGGGAUUCAGUAUGCCAUGCAGAUGGAGAAACUAGAGGAACAGCGGAAUGAAAUAGACAAAUGGGUCCGUGAUGCAUUCAACAUGGCCGACAAGAAUGGGGAUGGGGCACUUGACCUUGAUGAGGUCAUGAAACUGCUGAAGAAGCUGAAUGCUGACAUUAAGAAAAAAUAUGUUCAAGAGAUGUUUAAGGCUGCCGACACCAAUAAGGACGGCCGUAAGAAUGUUCUUGACAGAGAGGAGUUUGUGAAGUUUUAUCAUCAGUUAACCCGGAGGCCGGAAUUAGAAGAAAUAUUUUUAAAGAAUUCAAGGGGAAAGCCUUUCCUUACUGUAGCAGAAUUUCUAUCGUUUUUGAAAGAAUCACAAAAGAUGGUGAAUGUUAAAGAAGAAGACUGCCGUCAGCUCAUCGACCUAUAUGAACCAACCGAAGUGUGGAAACAGCGGGGACAUUUGAGUGACAUGGGUUUCAGGAUGUUCCUCACCAACAAGAAACAGCAGCUGUUUAAUCCUAGUCACAGCAACGUGUAUCAGGACAUGACGAAACCCAUGACCCACUACUUCAUUGCUUCCUCUCACAACACAUAUUUGACUGAAGAUCAGCUGAAGGGGCCCAGUAAGGUGGAGGCGUACAUCACAGCUCUUACGAAGGGGUGUCGGUGUGUUGAAUUGGACUGCUGGGAUGGACCAAACAACGAACCAAUCAUCUACCAUGGUUACACGCUGACCUCAAAAAUCUUAUUCAAAGAUGUCAUACAUGUUGUCAAAGAAUAUGCAUUCAAAGCCACUCCAUAUCCAUUGAUUUUGUCAUUAGAAAACCAUUGUUCUGUUGACCAGCAGAAGGUGAUGGCACAACAUAUUGAAGAAAUCCUGGGAGAUAUGGUUUAUGCGCCACAAGAAGAAAUAGAAACUGCUCCAUCACCGGAAGACCUCAAAAUGAAGAUAAUUCUCAAGGGUAAGAAAAAGACAUCUUCAAGCACAAAGGGUAAGAAAAAGACAUCUUCAAGCACAAAGGGAAAGAAGCUGCCACCGACACAGGAUAUUGAUGAUGUCAGUGAUGAAGAUGAAGCUCAGGAGACGGAGAAUCUCAAAGAAGAGGAGAAGAAACCAGACAAACACAAACUGAAACUGGCACCAGAGCUGUCACGGUUAACUGCCCUGAAGAGUGUCGGCUUUAAAGACUGCGAACAGGCAAUCAGCUCAGGAGGUGCAUACUGUAUUUAUUCACUUGGUGAAAGCAAGGUUGAGAAGCUCAUCCAGUCACAGCCCAGUGGUCUGAACGUGGUCACCCACACCAAGUUGAUUCGAACAUACCCAUCAGGAUCACGCACAGAUUCAUCCAACUACAGACCCAUCGAAAUGUGGAAUCAUGGCUGCCAAGUCGUGGCCUUGAAUUACCAGACUGGAACUGAACCAAUGCAGUUGAAUUGUGGCAGAUUUCUAGACAACGGUGCUUCAGGAUAUAUCCUCAAACCAAGUAUCCUUAUGUCAGAAGAUGCCUUUACAACUGUCACAAAGCCAGAAGCCAGAGCAACAAAAAAGAUAUUUAACAUAGAAAUAAUCAGUGGUUAUCAAAUCCCUAAACCAAAGAAUUCAUCGAAAGGGGAAGUGAUCGAUCCGUUCAUCAAGAUUGAAGUGCACGGGGUUGCAUCGGACCAUGUUGAGAAGAGAACAAAGACCAUUAACAAUAAUGGUUUUAACCCAAGAUGGAAAGAAGUAUUCACUUUUGAGGUUCAAGUCCCGGAACUAGCUCUGGUGAGGUUUGUCAUCAAAGAUGAGGACCGUGGCAAGGACGAUUUUAUUGGUUUCUACUGUCUGCCAUUUACCAGCAUACAACAAGGUUACCGACAUUUUCCUCUUUUUGAUAAGCAUGGAGAACAGUUGUCGCAGACAUUGAUAUUUGUUAAAAUUCAAAUCACCGAGCCAGCCGAUUCCUGAUUUUCAGAAAUGAUGGCUGUGAUGAAGAAUGUUGUUUCCAUGAAAACGAAAAUAACUGUGUCCUGCUGCAAAGGGAACUGCCAUACUAGAUGUGUACAUGUAUCACUGAAUAUUAUUUAUUACAAGAAAUAUCUUGGCAGAAGAUUUAGUUUACUGCUGAUAACUAGACGUUUUAGUAACAAGAGGUGGGGAGUCUAUUUUAAGGCAUUUCAAAAUGUUGCAUUUGUAUUUUCCACCAUUUUGUGGAAUUGCAGUCAAAUGUUUGUUUUUUAAUUUCCAGAAUAAUGUGUUAAAACGACAAAAGCACUUUUAUGGAAGUAUUAGUUUUAAUAAUCUAAUAUAUAGUUUUUACAGGUCUUCUAGAUUAUGGUAGCCCCACUCCCAUGGCUAGUGAUAUUUAAUGUUGGGCUAGUAAAUAACUACUAUUGCCAUGCCUGAUGGCUAGUGAAAAAAAAGUUGUAAAAUGCUGCAUUUUAGUCUAUUUUGUAAAUAUGAAUAUCCUGCCCCCACCCUACCCACCAAUCUUUGUGUUUUUAAUAUCUCUCCCUCUUUAGGCAACAAAUCCAAUUAUUGCUAUUAGAAAAAAUUGCAUUAUGUAAAGUAGGGCUAGUGAAUUUUGUACAAAUUCUAGAAGCCCUGCAGGUUGUUACUAUUUUACAUUAUUUUAUGUAAAUAAAACAGUUCUUAUAUAACAAGUGUUUUAUUUACAUAAAAU